AUGGGUUUCUCAGUCACCAUCUCCAGAAAAGUCAUAAUCCCCCUCUUCACCCUCCUCGUGGUUUUUGUUGGUCUCAUUAUCAAAGAGAACCAAAUUUCGGUAUGGGGAUCUAUCGAAUUGAGCAUAAUCUCAUUUUUCGCAUUUCUCAUCUCUCUUUCUAUGCUCUUUGACGAUGCCGCAAAACCUGCCGAGAACCAAUUUGAUGAAAACGUCAAAAUAAUCAACCAGGAAGAUGGACCUAAGGCUGUUCUUGAAGCCACUCCUGGGGACGUUUCUAGAGCUGUGCCAAAGGAAACAGAGCUUCUAUUGAUUCCUCAAUCACCGGUGCUCAUGCCGAGUGUCCUCAGCCCUAUCAUUGGGUGCUGGAAAUUAGAGGACAAGGCAAGGGCCGAGCUCGAAGAAAAGACAGCAGCUGCAGCAGAGGCUAAAAGGCUUAAAAAUCAGCGGAAAAAUAAGGCUCGAAAGGAGAAAAGGAUUUUGGAAAAGCAAUCAACCAGCGAGAGCCAGUCCAGCGACGAGGACCAGUCCAGCGGCGAGGACACGCCCAACGACGGGAAUCAGCUCGUUGUAUAUGGGAACAUUUUAAGUGAUAAUGAGCUUAAUCUUAAUUCAGUGCUUCCGAAUAGGCACAAAAAUGAUGACGAAGGUUUAUCAUCCAGUGCGGAGCUGAAAAUCCUUUAUAAAUAUUUGGCAAGUAUAGAGGGUGAUAAUGAUGCCGCAUUUAUCAGAAAGACCCGGUUUGCUAUCGGGAGAUUCAUGAAAAUGCUACGUGGAGCAGAAUUAAAGGACUCAGAAAUUGUCAGAGAUGAGGAAAUAAAAGCUCACGUUGUUGAGACUAAGCCGAGCCUCCGAUUGAGAUCAAUAAUCGAGUGGAAAGGUCCAAAAGAUGCCAUGAAACGUAUGAAAAAAUGUUUACCCACAGAUCCGAAAGUUGGUUCUGGGUUCAUGGAAAAGGAGUACCAAAUGGGAGAAUUGAAGGCUGUAUCCACCACCUUGAAAUUCAAAACCCUAACCAAGGAUGAUAACACUUCCGAAAGGAUCUCUCAAGCGCCCGUUAAAACUUCCCAAUUCACUGUUGAGUCCAUUGAAAAGCCUGAUCAGAAGGACACCGAGCAGGAAGAGUUUAAGGAGGAGAUCGAGACAAGCCAAGCGCCCCGCAAACCGUCUACAGAGGCUGUGGCACCAGUUCCAGAUGAAGAAAUAAAAGAGACCACUACGAUUACAGCACCAACUCCUGUUGUCAAUGAUGUCAAAGAGAUUGGGAAACUCGAGAAGCUUUUCCCGCCGGUCGUCCCAAGUGAAACCAAAGUGGUCAAGACUCGGGCUGUAGCGACGCCGAGGAUCCCGGAGACAAGAGCAGACAAGAUAAAAGCGUGGUUAGCAAAGAACGGACAGCCUGAAUCCAUCAAGGUCACCGAGUCUACUGUCCCCCUGCUUAUUCCUGAUGGAGCCAAAAAAUCUCAGGUCGAUGAGAUUGUAUCGACGGAUACAACUCAGACAAUCGAUCAGGAACCAACCAAAGCAGCGAUAAAAUCUGUAGAGGCAGUUGUGGUACCAGCCCCUGUAGUCUCUGCAACUAAAAAGGCCGAGGAGCUUGAAAUUCUGCCACCCAAAGAGGCCGAGGAGCUUGAAAUUCUGCCACCCAAGGUUCUGGAAAGCGAGAGCAUCCCAGACCUCAAUGAGCUUGAGGCAUCUGGGAUCGAGACACCAACUAUUGCUGAUGAACUUUUAACGGCCCUAAUCGAACUCGACGGCGCAUCUUCAACUGAGGUUAUGAUCCCAUCAACCGCCAAGUCGCUAACUGUUGCUGAUGAACCUUUAACGGCCCUAUUCGAACUCGAGGGUGUAUCUUCAACUGAGGGUACGAUUCAAUCAACCGUCGAGCAAGGUCAAUUGAAAGAACAAGAUGAGGUUUACUUCGGGGAAUGUGAUCAUCUCGCCCAGGAACUCGAGGAAUUGCUCUGGCCAAGUGCGCCUGAGCCGAACCUCCGGUCCGAAGGUUCAUUCCAGGUGCAGGAAGAGCCUCAAGUUUCUGGCGAAGUUCCUCCUACUGGCCUUGAAGUCCCUCAGAUUACCGUUAUAUCUGCUAUUCAGGGACCUCUCGAACCCGAGAAUAUCCAGGAAUACACAGGGAUAAUUGCCCCCGUAGUUGAACUGACUGCAGAUGAGGCUGUUCUUAUUGAUACGAUGAUGAGGAUUAACAUCGACCUGGAGAGCAAUAUUACAGAGGGCAUGGAUACUCAAGGUCAACUUGAAUCUUCCUCUAGCCAGGCCCAGGAGACAGAGGAGUUACCCACGGCCAGGGAUUGUCAGACUUGUGGGGAUGAUCUCUUGGAAUUUCUAAAGAACUUUGACGAUAGCUCCUUAGGAGUCGUCUCUUAUAAUGACCUGGAGCCUACCGCUGCGCCUAACGAGGCCCUAGAGUCCUUAAUCGAUAUGGAAGAGACUACUCGCCCGCUUGACACAAAUUUUGAUCUAAACUAUCGUUGUGAUGAGGAUAUAGACAUCGACGCUAUCUUCAACGAGAUACCUAACCAGGACGACCUAUUGCCUGAAGACCAGAUGAGUGUUUGCCAACUCGCAAAUAUCGAUACGAAUAGCCAAACAGAUGUUGCAGAUCAGACAAUGACUGAAGUGAUGUCUUCUGAGCAUAUUCCGACUAUCGAUGGAAUGGAAAUCGACCAAAUCGUGUUCAGCGAAGAUGACCUGUAUCGACAGGCAAUAUUAGCAGCAGGCAUCGAUGAGAGCUUCUUGUUUAACCAGACCCAAAUGGUACCAGAAGCUACCGUAGCUAUCCCAGUGAAUAACGAAUUCCAGGGCCAACAGAACGGGGCCGACAAUGAAUCCCAAUUCGAGAUGACACAGGAGAACUUUAUUUCCCAGUUGGAUAUCAGCCUUAGCGCAUCACAUUCUAUCGAGCAAUUUGCUCCAAUAUCCACAGAAUCUAGUACUUUUGUCCCCCAGCCAACUAUCGAGCAAGUAUCGUACCAGGAAACUGUCCUUCCCGAACUGAGUACCGAGAAAUCCGCUCUAUUCUUAUUAGAACCAACCCAGGAAGCCUAUACCCCCCAGUCUUAUACCGAGAAGCCUGCUCCAAUGGCCGUAUCACAGGAGGUUUUUAACCCCCAGUUGGUGGCUGAGCAGCAGUCUACUCCAGUUGAGUUGGCGCAACCAGUAGAGUUGGCGCAACCAGUAGAGUUGGCGCAACCAGUAGAGUUGGCGCAACCAGUAGAGUUGGCGCAACCAGUAGAGUUGGCGCAACAAACCUCUAUCCCCCAGUUAGAGAUUGGACAGAUUUCUCCAAAACUGACAGAGAAAACUCUUGUCUCAGAACCGCCUACUUCUGUGGAGUUGUUUCAGGGAACCAUUAUUCCCCAUUUGCCUGUUGAUCAGCCUAUUUCGCUGGUCACAAUACAGGAACCUAGCCUCCAGAUAACUAUUAAGCAGUCGGUUUCCGAGUUCGAUAUCGAGCAGUCACCCCCAACGGUGCCGCUAGAGGAUACACCACAAUUAACAAAAGAAUCUCAAAUUUCCCAGGCCGCCAUCCCACACCCUACCAUUAGCACUGUUAACCCGUCUUCGACCACUAUCGAUGUAACGAAGCUCGAUAUUCCUCAAAAAUCCAUUGGAUCCGUCAUAAACACUCUUCCUCUCAUUUUCGCACUCCAAGUUACUGAAAAGAUCAGCAAUAAAAGAUGUAUUGAAUUUGAUGAUGAUGACGAUGAGGAUGAUGAGGACGAGGAUACCCAAGCUAAUAUGGAGGUAAUGAUGAUCACCAAGCGACCUGUUAUUCCACUCCGCAAGAAGGCACUUGAAACAACCAUGGAAAUAGUGGCCCCAGUAGUAGAGAUGCCAAAGAAGCCGAAGAGUACAACUGGCAUCAGGAUCAUCAUGACGGCACCAACCCAAUCCGACAAGGAAAUUGCCCUCAAGAAGCGUGCCAAAAAAGAGGUAGCCCCUGAGCCCGAGGAGCUCAAAGCCGAACCCAACUAUGACAGUGCCAAGGUCAACAUGCAACAGCAGCUCAACAAGACCACGACCAAGCUUCAAGCUAUAACGAUGGAAAAAUCGGUUGCUUCCGCUAGACAGAGGGGGAUGGAGAUUGAUGAUAACGGUUUUUUCCAGUUGGGGUCGGCAAAGAAUAAGCCACGUCGGAGAUAUUGA